AUAAGAAUAUAGAUAUAAAAAGUAAUAUUAAAAUUCCAGAUAAUUAUAUGACAGGCACAGAUACAGAUUUAGAAAUCAUAGAAGCACAUGCUGUAGAAAUUUUAAAAUUUGGACGCAAAAGAGAAGAAUCUUUAAAUAGGUAUCCAUGGCUUUGCACUGAUUGUAAUGAUAAAUUACCCAGUUUAGAAAAAUUGAAAGAACAUCAUGAAACUAUUCACAAUCAACAAGCAAAAUAUAUGUGUGUAUUAUGUUGUAAAGUUUAUGACAAAUAUUAUGGUUUUCUUACUCAUGUCAAACGACAUAAAAACAAAACAAAAUUCAGUUGUGAAGAUUGUGGAAAAUCAUUUGUACAUAAGAAAGUAUUAGAUUCUCACAAGGCAAUUCACAGUGAGGAGAGGCCUCAUAUAUGUCAAACUUGUGGAAAAGCAUUUAGGCAACAAAGUGCUUUAUAUAUUCAUAGUAGAUGUCAUUUACCAGAUACUAUGAAAAAUAGAUUUCCUUGUGAUCAGUGUGAUAAAAGAUUUUCAACAAAGCCAAAUUUAGUCACACAUAAACGCAUCCAUUCUGGUGUUAGAAAUUUUACAUGUGAUCAAUGUGGUAAAAGUUUUAUUCAAAAAGGAAAUUUAGAAGCUCAUUUUUUAACUCAUUCAGCAGACAAACCAUAUAGUUGUACCCAAUGUUCGAAAGCUUUUAAAACGCCAUUGCAAUUAAAAAAACAUGAAACAGUUCAUACAGGAGCAAAACCACAUCAGUGUGCUGUAUGUGGAAGAACUUUUAGAGAAAAAGGUACAUUAAGAGAGCACCAUAGAAUACAUACUGGUGCAAUGCCAUUUACAUGUGAAUUUUGUGGUAAAUGUUUUCGCUUUAAAGGAAUAUUAACUACACAUAGAAGACAACAUACUGGUGAACGUCCAUAUAGUUGUUUAGAAUGUCAACACCAUUUCACAAAUUGGCCAAACUAUAAUAAACAUAUGAAACGUAGACAUGGAAUUAAUACAUCACAUACAAAACAUUUGUCACAAUCUCAGCAAAUACAAUCACAGCAGCAACUACAAGAACAGCCACAACCAGAACAAUCACAAAUAGAUCAAUCAAAUGCAGAGCAGUCAUUGUCUAUAUCUAAUACGGAAUCAUCAACUGUACAUGUGAUACAAACUGUUUCACAUACUGCAAGUCAACCACUUAUUGUACAAACUAUUCCAUCUAGCACUGUUCAAAAUUUUCAACCUGACGUAUCCAGCACAGUACAAGAUACAGUCUUUCGAGAAAGGAAUGCAACAUAUUUUAAUACAGUGCCAGCAACUUUGCAAAAUUUCUUACCACCUAAUUUAUCAUAUAACUUUUAUAAUAUUUCUAAUGUUACAUAUAAAGAAUGAUUUAAUAUAACAUAAUAUAAUCAUGUUACUCAAAUCAAUUUAAAGAAAUACAUGUAUAAGUUUGUUUAAUCAAUAAGUAAUAGAUAUUUCUUUCUGAUUUUUAAUUAUUUAACAUAAUUUAUA